AUGCCGCCCAAGAAACGUAUCUCCGAUAGCGCUCCCUCGCCCAAAAAGCGCGUGCGCGGCACUCUAUCUGCCCUAUCUCUGCCGCCUUUAUAUACACAUACUUUUAAGUCGCGAUUGCGCGAGUUGCAGCCUAAAGACGCUAUUGUCGCGCCUGCUAAGGGCAGUAAGCAAGCUACGCUUGCUCUGUCUUCUAAAGCAGCUAACAACGCUGUAGAUAAGGCUUUUAACGCCUAUCUUAAAGACAAUUACAGUGCCAAGACAAAAGUCUGUUCCCGCAACGCGUAA